AUGAAUACACGAAGGGCUAACAUAAGGAGAAUGCACGAUAACAAUGUCAAUGAAGAAGCUCCUCAAGCUAAUCAAGCACCGAUUAACCAUACAGCUAUGUUGGGUGUGGAAGUUAGGUCGACUCUUCUAAUGCUGGCUCAAGUCAUGACAACUCAUGCCCAAACUAUGAUGGCCCAAGCCAAUAGAGAUGUUGGGACUCAUGUGAACCCUAAUGUGAACUCUAUGGCUUCUAGAUUGAGGGAUUUUGUUAGAAUGAAUCCUCCCAUAUUUCUUGGUUCCGAAGUGGGAGAGGAUCCUCAAGAAUUUGUGGAUGAGGUUUACAAAGUAGUUGAUGCUAUAGAGGUAACUUCGCUAGAAAAAGCAAAACUAUCCGCUUAUCAAUUCAAGGAUGUUGCCCAAGUUUGGUAUGCUCAAUGGAAGAGAAAUAGGCCGGUAGGAGCGGGUCCCAUAGAUUGGGAGGUGUUUAAGAAAGCAUUCAUUGAUAGGUUCUUUCCCUGUUACUUGAGGGAAGCCAAUUUAGAAGAAUUCAUUAACUUUAGGCACGAUAGCAUGAGUGUUCAAGAGUAUGCCUUGAAAUUUACCCAACUAUCCAAGUAUGCUCCAUCUAUGGUUGCGGAUCUGAGGGGUGAGAUGAGUAGAUUUGUGAAGGGUGUGUCCGACUUAGUUGGAGAAGAAUAUCGUACGGCAAUGCUCCAUGAUAACAUCAAUAUCUCUAGGCUUAUGAUGGUAGUAUGGGAUGCCUCUUAUGGACAAGGUCGUCCAAGAUUCCUACAAAGGUUUUCCGGUCAAGGUUCCUCCAAUUCUCCUCCUAAGUUCAACCAAGAUAGAGUGUCUAACCCUAAGCAUCAAGGAGGUACUGGUAGUGGGUCUUUAUUGCCUAGGCCUAAUUGUACUAAGUGUGAAAGGAAUCGUGAUGGUAAUUGCCUAGUCAGCAUGGAUGAUUGCUUUGGUUUUGGGAAAAGUGGUCACAAAAUGAGAGAUUGGCCAAUGCUUAUGGCUAAAGGAAGAAAGGGCAAUCAAGAUACUACCAGUGGUGCGGGUUCCAAUGCCCCUAAGCAAAACCACUUUUUAUGCUCUUCAUACUAG